CGAGUGGGAUCUGAGAAUUACUCCUCCCAGCCACUGCUUGACUCACUUUUUGACAUUAUCUGUAUUUCGUGGUCAUUAUUCACGUUCACUAUUGGACUGUAUAUAUCACACGUUUGUGCUAAAGUGAUUCAAUGUCAUCGUGAUGCCCUCCAGCGAAGAUAUCCCCCCGACGGAGACGUCGCCUCUCCUUGCUAAAUCCGACGACGGUAUUCCCAAACCCUCUCACGCUUCCAAUGGUGUCAUUCCCAAUGCCGCCAUUUCGGCGCCAGCAGGCGCUUCUGAUUCCAUCAGUGGCCACGGCGAAGACGUUGAGCAACAGGGUGGAGAGGACGAAGACAAUGGAAGUAAAGCAAAGGCUGAGGGGAUGCCCGAGGUGAAAAAGCGGAUGAAAUAUAUUUUACCUGCAAUCGCCAUUGGCAUAUUCUUAUCUGCUGGAGAUCAGACAAUCAUUGUCAGCUCUUAUGGUCGAAUUGGCAGUGAUCUGAAGGCGUUGAAUAAGACAUCGUGGAUCGCUACAGCAUAUUUCCUCACGGUCACGUCUUUCCAGCCUCUGUAUGGUAAACUGAGCGACAUAUUUGGGCGAAAGCCGUGCUUGUUAUUUGGUUAUGCUGUCUUUGGGCUUGGAUGCUUGUUUUGCGGGCUUGCGCGUACAAUGGAUGAACUUAUCGCGGCUCGAGCAUUUGCUGGUGUUGGAGGUUCAGCCAUGACUGUUGUGGUUUCCAUUCUCCUCUCCGACGUGGUUCCUCUGCGAGAACGUGGAAAGUGGCAGGGCUAUGUUAAUAUCAUUUAUGCUAGUGGAGCUGGUUUUGGUGCUCCAUUAGGUGGUAUUUUGGCCGAUUAUAUUGGUUGGAGAUGGUCUUUCAUCGGACAAGCUCCUCUCACACUUCUAGCCUUUAUAGCCGUCUACUUUGCUCUGCAGCUCCCAAAGCGCGAUGACUCGCAUUGGAAGGAUAAGCUCCGUCGGGUUGAUUUCCUUGGUGCCUUUAUCUUAGUCGCCGCGGUUUUUACCCUCUUGCUUGGCCUUGAUCGCGGAAGCAAUGUCGCCUGGAGCGCCACUAUUACUAUCGCAUCGCUGUCCAUAUCCUUUCCACUGUUUAUCAUCUUCGUCAUUGUUGAGAUGAAGGUUGCAUCUGAGCCUUUUGCUCCAGGACACAUUAUCUUUGAGAGGUCACUAUUUGCCAGCUACCUGUGCAACUUCUUCUCUUUUUCUGGAUGGCUAGCCGCACUGUUCUACAUUCCUCUGUAUUUCCAGGCCGUGGAUGGUGUGAGUGCUACGCAAGCAGGUCUCCGGCUCCUCCCCUCCAUUCUGUGUGGCGUGUCGGGAUCCUUGUUUGCAGGCUAUCUCAUGCAGCAUACCGGAACAUACUAUUGGCUCACUGUUGCGGCGUAUACAUUUUUGGCCGUUGGAAUGGUACCAGUCAUCCUCUUCUCCGGACUGGUGAUGAACGCGACAGUCGGAAUUAUCAUCGGCAUGAUGAUUUGCGCCUUCUCCAAUGGAAUCGGCGUUACUAGUGCAUUAAUUGCUUUGAUUUCAAAUUCAAAUAGAGAGGAUCAGGCAAUAGCCACCGCAUGCUCCUAUCUCUUCCGUGCACUUGGUUCCGUUGUUGGAGUCUCACUUUCGUCUACAGUCGUGCAGCAGUCUUUGCGACAGCAUCUUCAGAGUUCUUUGACUGGCAAAGAAGCGGAAAAGAUUAUGUUGAGGGUCCGUGAAAGUCUCGAAUAUAUCAAGACUCUGGAUCCGGACGUCCGCGAAGUUGUUAGAGACAGUUAUGCUCGCUCUACCCGAGCUGGUUUUGUCCUCAUGCUCGUUAUUUUGCUCGCUUCAGCGUCGGCGAAUGCCACUAUCUCCCUUUCUCGAUAUAGACCAGCUGUUCUGUUUAUCACGGGCCUCGCUGCAGCAUACGGUAUCUAUUAUAUUCACAACUACGUCUACACCGACACAACAUCACAGCUGAAUGCGCCGUCGCGUUCUCUCCGUCGACGAAAUGCCAUCCGCCGUCGGUCAGCAACAGCUCGUCGCCAUGCAGGUGAACAACCCCGCGAUUUUGCUGUGCCCUCGGCUGCGGAUCCUGACGGCGAAAGUGGUGCCUCUGGAACGGUUACAGGACGUCGCUACGAACAGCCGUCAUACGGGAUCGCACGGGUCGAAAAUAGUCAAGGUGGACACGUAGAGUUCCAUCUGGCUCCUCAAGUAAUUCCAACAGCAGAAGCGAUGGAGAAUUUCCAUGGAUUUACUCAUGAUGAUGCUCUGAAUGCGCGGGACUAUCUUGAAAGACUCUUCCUCAAUGCCAUGUUGGCUGCCGAAAUCCCCCGUCAACACACCAUAGGCCUGAAUGGACCUGGAGCUCAGAUGCUGCGCGCGGAACUUAUCCCGCGGGGGUUUAGCCAGCGAAAUAUUGACGAGGCAAUACAAAGGUUCGACGAGGGUGUGGGCCAAGAUAUGGAUGGAGGACUUGUGGACGGUGUCUCACAAUUACAACCCUCUGAUGGGCGUGAGACCGUUGUGGAUGGCGACAGCGAAUUUUCGUGGCGUGGAGAAGAGCAAAAUCCGACGGCACGGCAGGAGGACCAGGCUCGGAGAGAAGGCUACGUGCAUCGAGGAGUAACAUGCAACUCAUGCGGAAGUAUGCCAAUUCGCGGCAUCCGGUAUCGCUGCACCAACUGCAUUGAUUUUGACCUUUGCGAAACCUGUGAGGCAAUGCAGGUCCACCCAAAAACACAUCUCUUUUACAAAGUUCGAAUACCCGCGCCCUUUCUUGGAAACCCAAGACAAGCGCAGCCCGUCUGGUAUCCUGGGAAACCCAAUUCAAUGCCGCAAAACCUGCCCAAUGGUCUAGGAAAACGACUAGUAAAGGAGACGGGUUUUGAGAAUUCAGAGAUUGAUGCUCUCUGGGAUCAAUUCAAAUGCCUUGCAAGCAGCGAGUGGCAGGAGGACUCGAACAGGAUCCACAUGGCUAUUGAUCGACGGACGUUUGACAAGUGCUUCGUUCCAAACACGGCGCUUCGUCCUCCUCCCCCUAAUCUCAUAUACGACCGAAUGUUUGCCUUCUACGAUACCAACGGAGAUGGUCUGAUAGGUUUUGAAGAGUUCAUACGCGGACUAGCGAGUCUGAAUAAUAAAAACAAGGAUGAAAGACUGCGGCGAGUCUUCCAAGGUUAUGAUAUCGACGGUGAUGGUUUUGUAGACAGGAAAGAUUUCCUUCGAAUGUUUAGGGCUUUCUACGCUCUGAACAAGGAAUUGACGAGGGACAUGGUUGCAGGAAUGGAGGAUGAUGUAACAGAAGGGGGCGGAGCAAAAGAAGUCAUCCUUAGCAGUCAACCUAUCAGCUCGGCCUUCUCUGGAGAGAGCAAACGCAGAGGUCAGCAUGGGGAUAUGGAGCUCAUUGACAGCAGCGAUGAAGUUGUCAGAGAGAGUGGAAAUGACAGAGCCGAUCGAAGCCGUGUCAUUGCGGAUGCGGCUGAACGCUCCGUAUUUGGAUCUGUUGACGCCUCUUCCCCGAGGCAGACAUGGGCAGCAAUGUUCGACUCUGAGGAAACCACGAAUGAAGCUUUGGAGGAAGCUCUGGAAGAGGCCCUUGCUCAAGCCACAAGACAUUCAACUGGAAAUCGAAAUGGAGUUGGCACUGGCGCUGCAGGUGAGGACGAAGGCAGCGCGGACACUGAUGACGGCAAUGAUGAUGAAGAUGACGAUGAGUGGCCGCCUCCUUAUGUCACCAUUGAGGAUGUGGAGGCUGCUCUUGGGGCCUAUCUGGCGAUCCAGGACAUCGAGUCUAGGGCGGACCGCAAAAAGAUUCGGGAGGCAGCACAGAAGAGAAUGCGUGAUGAGCGUCAGAAGCGACGAGAAGCUGCUCGAGCUGAAGGAGUCCGCGAAAGAUGGCGUCGUCGACAAUUUUACCUAGAUGAAGAAGAUGGUUCUACGGCUCCAGAAGGGAUUUUCGAGGAUGUAGAUAGCGAGGAGGAAGAAUUCAAGGAAAAGAGAAAAGGAGUCAAGGAGACCGAUGCACACGAGCACGGUUCGUCCCGAGGACCCUCGCCUCGGUCUCGUUCAUCUUCCAAAGUGCGCUUCCAAGACGACGUAUUAGACGAUAACGACUACGAAACUCGCUCCAACCCGUCUACAUCCUCUCGCAGCAUGAUCGUUGGAGAGCGGUGGGGUGGAUAUGAGAUCCCCGAGGCGGAGAAAGAUGUUGGUAAAGAGGUGCUCUACGAAGUCACGCAGCAGGGCUUCAACGAACUACUUGAUCCGCUUUUCAAGAAGCGUGAAGACGUCAUCAUGGAAGCCAUGGCAUCUCGGUCGGAGCGCAAGAAAUGGCGAGAACAGUUGAAGCAAUUUGAGAUGGAGCAAAAGCGAGAGAAGGGCCUACACCGACGAAGACCAAACUUGUCAACAAGCGUCUCCCAAAGCUACAGUAAUGGACACAAUACCGAUGUGCACGCUUCUCCCUAUGUGCAAGCCUCUACCCCUUCGAUUGAACCUUUUCCCACAGUUGACGCAAGCUCGGCUUUGCGGACCGCAAUCGAGAGCGAAGGGGACUCGGCAAUCAUCUUGGGAGACUUCCUUCCGCAAGAUACUUCAACGCCGCCUCUCUCUACCGCCGAAGCAACAGUAUCGCCGGCGGAUAUACCUGCAGAUUCAAGCUCACAAUUGCUUGCCUCAUCCGGAUAUGGCACAACCGCCGGUACCCCAGAAGCAUCUACCACCAGCCCUAAUCCUGGGGCAUCCGCUCCCCGUACGCCGUCUCUCGAAGAAUCCGCUCAGGAAUACCGCCCGAGUACGCCCGAGGGACAGACGACGCUUGAUGUCGAGGACGCAGUUAGUCAGAGCAUAGAUGACGCUCCUGAUCCGACUCUUCCACAGCAUCGACCCAACUCAAUGCCCUCAGGUCCUGCAGCGCGCUUGGCAUUCCUUUCCUCCUCGCCAGCAUUCGCAGAGCCCGGUCCGAGCCCUUCGAGAAUGAAGAAGCUCUUGUAUUAUGACGCUGUGGAGCAGGAAGCCAAAGCACGCGGCGGACCUGCACGAUUGAACUUUAAGGAGUUUGAGGCAAUUAUGAAAGGGGACAAAGGGAGAAAACUAGGUUUCCUCGGCGCUUGGAUUGAAAUGGCGAGCUUUUAGAAGAUAUCUUUUUAUGGGCAUUCAGACGUGAUGCCAUAAUUCAAAGAAAAUAAUUGGCAAAGAGCUAGAAUGUGCGGCACCAGUAGCUUGACCAUGAGGAGCGGGCUAUUUCCGCCGUCUCUCAUGAUCUCAUGCCUGUCGAGGAGAAGCUUCUUGUACACUAUCUAGGCAGUGAAAUCUAGCUAUCAAUUUCUGCUCUUCAUACAAAGAUGGAGAACAAAUUCAGAGAAAUAAUC